GAAGUAUCCGCAGCCCGGAAUGCACACGGCCUUUGUGAUUGGCUCGUUUUUGCGGGUUGCGUUUAGGGACCUCAGAAUGUAUUCGUUAACCACAACAGUAAACUGUAAAUUGAGAAAUAAAAUAAGUAUGUGCCCCGCGCUGCGACUAUCAUCACAUGGCACAGCAAAAGCUAACAUUUCUAAAGGAUUUGCAUGAUAUUUUGGACGCGCAGUUGAGUUUAAAAACUGCAAACCGCGUUGUGCGCUCGCUGGAUGCUUUUAUUUUGACAGCGGCAAUCCCUACCCGGAAAAUACUGAAUGUAGCAACACACGAAUUGUCGGCAGUCAAAGGUCCGGGCUGUAAACUUGAGAGUAUUUCGGCAAAUCCUACUUAUGUGCAACAUCGUGCUCAGUUUCGCAUAAACUGCGGGGUGAUGUUGAGGAGUGUGUUCAGGUGCCUUAGGACCAAUCCUGUUGCUGGCCAAAGGAGUAUGUCUCAAAGCAGCCUUGCUGGGAAGGUAGCCAUAGUCACUGCCUCCACAGAUGGAAUCGGCCUAGCCGCCGCCCAGGCUCUGGGAAAGAGAGGAGCCCACGUGGUGGUGAGCAGCCGGCGGCAGGCCAACGUGGACAAGGCCGUGGCUCUGCUGCAGAGCCAGAGCAUCCAAGUGACCGGCACCACCUGUAACGUUGGCAAGGGGGAAGACAGAGAAAAACUGGUUCAAAUGACUCUGGAUCAGUGCGGGGGGAUCGAUAUCCUGGUGUCCAACGCAGCGGUCAACCCUUUCUUCGGAAACAUCAUGGACUCCACAGAGGAAGUCUGGGACAAGAUUCUGGCUGUGAAUGUGAAGUCGGCCUUCCUCAUGACUAAGUUGGUGGCGCCUCAUAUGGAGAAGAGGGGAGGGGGAAACGUAGUGUUUGUGUCGUCCGUGGCUGGAUACCAACCAAUGCAGGCGCUGGGUCCCUACAGCGUGAGCAAGACGGCGCUGCUGGGUCUGACCCGGGCGCUGGCCCCCGAGCUGGCUCACAGCAACAUCAGAGUGAACUGCGUGGCCCCCGGAGUCAUCAAGACCCGCUUCAGCCAGGCGCUAUGGCAGAAUGAAGAUGUCAUGGACGAGUUCAAAAGGCAGCUCAGCAUUAAAAGAAUUGGAGAGCCCGAAGAAAUUGGUGGAGUGAUCGCCUUCUUGUGCACUGAUGAGGCUUCCUACAUCACGGGGGAGACCAUCACAGUGACGGGAGGGAUAGGCUGUCGACUCUGAACCUCAAACUUGCCCUCAAAUGUGUGUGUUCCUGUGUAGAUAUGUGUCUUGAUUAUAUUUUUGAUUACUUCUGAUAUUCAUCUGAAUAACGCAUCAUUGUGUAGAAAGUGAGAUAACCAUGCAUUAUAAUAAUAAUAAUAAUAAUAAUAAUAAAGCAGGUGUGGGUGCUGUAUAAAUACUGUGCAAGUAUCAAAACACUCAAUCCACAGAGAAAUGCAAAUGGACAAAUUGUGUCUUUUAAACAAGCUGUCAGGGCUUCCAGAAGGAAACUAUGCAGUCAUCGCCCUCAGCCCGGUCUUGUCUACAAAAACACUGGCGGGGCUGAUACUGAGACAUGGUGGACUGUUCCUGCUCAGGCUUGUGAGAGCUGACCAAUCAAAGCACACCAGACUUUGCAGGAGGGGAGGCCUUAAAGAGACAUGCAAUAAAAACAAUCAAAAAUAAUG